AUGGCGCCGAAGAAGCUGACGGACUGUCCGGAAAACCUCCGGGAGUCCAUCGACUGGUUGAUACAGGUAAGGCACGGGGGUGAUGGCAGAGGUCUUGAUCAGUUGGCUGAAGCUCUGAAAAAGUUGAUUGAAGGGGCUAUUGAAAAUGCUAAUGUGAGUAUUAAAACUGAGCACGAUAAAUUUAAAGGACUUGUUAAGUCUGACCCUUCAAAACAAAAAGCCCUAGAUGAGAUUGAGGAGCGUCAACAUAAGCUUGCUGAGCUUAGUGGACAACUUGCGCAAUUUAUUGGCACUUCUGAAGCUAUUAAAGAGGCCAUCAAAAACUCUUUCAGCAUUUAUCUUGAUAGGCUUUCGAAGCUUCUUGAUCCUUCCAAAUAUUACGCGUGUUGUAAAAGUAAGAAUAAGCUUAAAUUUGAUGAACUGAAGAGGCUUCAAGACAAACUUAUGAACUCCGAAAAACUUGAAACAAUUGUAUCUGAAAUUAAUUUUAAAGCGCUUUUAAAGCCACUUGAAUAUAAUAAUGAUACCUGUACUCACCACCAUUAUAAAGACUCCACCACGAAUGAAGCUCUGAAGGAUGUGGAGUCUAAGUUGGAAAGCCUUGCGAAACUUGGUGAUAGUCUUGAUAAAUUUAAUAAUGAACCCAAUACGAUUUUGACGAAUCUUUGUUCCGGCCUCGAGAUCUUCCUAGGGUUCUCCCAAGAAACCAAAGGCUACAAUGGCACUGGCAUCGUGUACUCCGACCUCGACAGGCUCUGCGACGCGGUGAUGGCGUUUGUCCUCCAUUGCCUUAAAGGCAGUGAAGGCUUGUUAACGUUUUAUAAUCCUAAGAUUCCCAGUAUCAUUAGUGAGUUAAGUGCUGUAACAGGUAAGGGAUCUGGUGUCAAGGGAUUUGCCGAGGCCAUUGAGAGUGUUCGUCAGGGGCUGGAGGGGUAUGAAAGUGGGAUGACGAGUAAAAGUAAGAAGGUUGUAGAGGAUGUGACAACCAUACAGAGUAAUUUCACAAGUUUAAGAGAGUAUUUAGAGAAUACGAAUAAUAAAAAUUUGCAGGCGCAAUUACAACAGGUGCAAGAAAAAUCAAGACUCUACUGGGUGAAGGCUUCGUUGGCCGAAGAGGCCAGGAAGGCUUUGGAUCCCGCGCUUUCAGGUAAGUUAGAUAAGCAUGUCUCAUUGGGUGUGCAUGCGGCGGACACUUUCAAGAAGAUUGCGUUCAACCCUGAGGUAAUUAAGGCGGCCAAGGCGGUGGACGAUGGGUUGAAGAGCCAAAAACAGAAUAUUGACACAGCGAUAGAGCAAGGCAUUACAGAUGUACAAAAGACGUUAAAUAGUGGGUUUGAUGGAAUUAAACAAAAACUUGAAAGCUUGUAUCAAAAGAAAGAUGAGCAAUUCACGUCGGUCAAUGAAAGCAUUAAAGACGCAAAGAUGUUGGUCAGUGAGCUGCUUGCAAAAGAUGCAAAAAAAUUCAACGAUCAAUAUAGAGAUUAUAUCAUUGCAAAGUUCGAAAGCUUGAAACUAAGUGCCGCGGCGCUGAAAGUUGAUCCAAACCCAGGAACGCAGUGCCAACUUGAAAAGGAAGUUAAUGCUGUUAAGCAGGCCGUUGAGGAGAUUGAGAUUGCAUACCAGAAAAAAUUGAGAGACGUUAAAAUGAAAGUUGAUUUGGCGGUAAACCAGGCUGUGAGCCGUCUUCAAACUGUGGAUACUGCAGUUAAAAAUGGGUUGAAGCAUGUUCGUGAGCAAAUUAAGAUACAGUUGCAAGGAUUCCUUCAGCAUGUGUGGACUGCGGUGGAAUUGGGUAUGCAGAGAGCUGCGGUUGGUGACAUAUAUGCGCCUACUAGUGGUGUUAUGGGUUUGGCAACAGGUUUUCAAGGUGCUCAGUUGGAUAAGCUAGAAUCCAGAUUUAGAGAGGUGGGACAAGGCAGUUCUGGACUUGCCAAAAAAAUUCAAACGGUGUUAAGUGAUCUUAAUCUUGUGAAAGAUGAUAAAAGUGGCACCCCAACUGGUGAUGUUUUAUUCGAGCAACUUGGUGGAGACAUAAAGGCUGCCUUAGAAAAUCAACUUAAGGAUGUUAUAAAAGAUGAAAUUAGUCUAAUAGACUUAACUACUCUCAUGAAUGCCUAUUACAAGGAGACGGUAGAGCAUGGAGAACACGUUAGGCUUAGAGGCCUGAUUAAUCUGAUUAAGGUACCCGUUUCCAAAGACGGUUUCACUGGCGAUGGAGUCACAGCAGGCUUCAAACCUGUGGAGAUGGAUGGUUACACGCACAAGCAAGUCAGAUCACACGACAAUGAAGGCGUCAAGUCCAAUUACUACCGGGCAUUGCAAAAAGUUGUAAAUAACAUCAAUAAUCUUGAAUCCCUCCCUGGCGCUAUUGAAGAUGCUAGAAAGGCGGCAGAGAAGAGAAUGGAGUUAUUGAAAGGUGAAAUCAAGGGCAUUGAAACAAGAAUUGACAAAGUUGAGGAAGUUGUUGAGAGUGCCGACUAUCAGUUGACAGAAGAUAUUAACAAUAUUAGCAUGGCCUAUAACGACGCCGAACAAAAAUCCAGACACACCAUCAACCAACUGCAUAACCAACUAACUAAUGUCGUUCGCGAAGCCUUCUCCACCCUCACCCACCAAGUCCAAUCCCUCUUCGCGAAGCAGAAGCAGGCCGAGCUCGCGCAGCUGCAGAACGUCGUCACGGCGCAGUUGAGGGAGAUUCAGAGGGUUAUCGCGGAGGAUAAAAAAACAGGGGUGAAGGGUUUCUUGGGGAAGAUGAAGGAAGGGAUUGAUGACCAAUUUAGUCUUCCGUCCAACUCGGAAGAGUUGAUUAAAAAUAUCACUUUCAAAAAUAUGGCGACCGGAGCUCAGAAAGCACUGGGGUUAUGUCUAGAUUAUGUUAUUGAACAAAUGUCUCCGCCAGAUAAACCCGCGGACUCUCAUUUGGGAGACGUAGAGGGCAUUAGUCAAAGAUUCGACGAACUGCUCAACUACCUUAAGAAACCCAACGAUAAUAAUAGAAAAUAUAAUUUCGACAACACCUUUUCUAAAAGUUUAGAUGCACUUAACAAAUCACUUAGCACGUUUAAUCCAUCGAGAUUUGAAAAUGGCAAGAAUCCCUUGCUCUUUGAUCUACUCAUGGAUGGCAUGAAGGCCUUGGUCGAACAGCUGCAGUACGCCUACGUCAAUGCAUACUCUGAGCAGACCGUAAAGUGGAAAAACACCAAGCUUCCCGAUGCUUUGGCAUUGGACGAUGAUGAACUAACAGAAAACGCAAUAAAAUGCUCCAAUGUAUUUUGUAGUAUAAUUAGCACCCUAUAUAACGAACUGUCUCAGUUACGUGAGGAUUGCAAAACCGGAGGGAAUUGUGAGAAGAAAAAAAUUGACUUAAACAAUUUGUUGACAUUCAGUACAUCAGGGCCCACAAAAACUGAUACAAACCCCCUUGGCCAUUUCCUCAAGCGUUGCGGUUUCCGUGUUGCGUCGCUACCUGAUGCCAGUAAUGCAGAGUUGAACAACAAACCUACGAUGAUGGGUAGUCAUAUUUUCCAGCUACUUGUAGGACAUGGUAGAGUCUUUAGCCGCCAAGACCCCGAUGAUGAUAAGUCCGGGGACCAAAGCCCGGUGUACAAACUUCUCAAGCAUCUUCAUGAUUAUUAUAAAACGUGCCACUUGCAAUAUAUCUCCUCAACUAAAUAUCCUUUCACAGUUAGGGAUAUGCUCCAUUGGCUAUGCGGGCUGUGGCACAAUCCGGUGCUUGGCAAUGUCGAGCAAUACUUUAAGACAUUAUUCCGUAAACCAAAGCAGUAUGAAAAUACCGAUUAUUCCGCAAUUCCCGAUUACGCACUCAAGGUAGAAGGCACUUCAAAUAUCCAACCUUAUGAUUUGUCGACUGAACUCUACAAAGUCUGUUCCCACGCGGAAAAAGUAUUAAUCACAAUCCUGGGCUAUGGGGAUGCCAACGGCCGAUAUUCUUGCGACUUUAACACAAACCCCGACGAUCUUUCCUAUCCCACCAACGCAGGUGAAUGCUUAGAUUGGCUCAUAGAAAUUUGUAUGAGACUGAAUCGCCAACUCUACUUCCUGUACAAUCAGUGCUGUAACGGUAAAAGCAGUAGUGGUUGGCUGGACUGCUGGUAUGGUAAGCACGUCGGUGGUUCAUCAUGGCGGUGCAAUGACAAACAAUGCCCCAAACAAGACUGUGACCAAAAGGCCGACCAGCAUUACAAGUGCGGCCUUAAAUCACCGCUUCAAUCCUUCUUGGAGGAUGGACUGCAAGGCUUCCUUCCUCAUACAUACAACAAGGCCGAUUGCAACAUGACUUGUUCCCUUCCCAACCACUUCGAGACCGCCUCAAACACUCGACGAAAUGCUUGCGUUCUAUCACAGUCUUCUCAACGGGUGGGAAGGCAGUGGUGA